AUGAUUUUCAACAUCGAUGACCUUGAAAUUAUAUUUCCUUAUGACAAAAUUUAUCCAGAACAGAUGUCCGAUCUCAAACGCACCCUAGACGUCGGUGGUCAUUGUGUGCUAGAGAUGCCAUCCGGAACUGGAAAAACGAUAUCACUUCUCUCCCUCAUCGUGGCAUAUCAACAAAAUCACCCCGAAAAACGGAAAUUAGUGUAUUGUUCCCGAACCGUGCCCGAAAUCGAGAAAGCUUUGAUCGAACUUAAACGAUUGAUGGCUUAUCGCGCGUCUCAACUGCGAUUACGAGCUGAACUCACAAAUGCUGGUCCAAUAGAAGAUGAGGAUUUCCUUGGGAUUGGGCUCACCAGUCGGAAAAACUUAUGUAUACAUCCAGAUGUGUCGAGAGAGAAGAAAGGAAAAGUGGUCGAUGCUCGAUGUCGCGACCUAACUUCUGCCUGGGCCUGCGAACAAGGCCGAGCCAACCCUGGAAGUGUGCCUCUCUGUGAGUUUCAUGAAAAACUCGGAGAACUCGAAGCUGGCGACUUGAUUCCACGAGGUGUAUGGACUUUGGAGGAGAUCACCAACUAUGGUCAUCAGCAAGGAAUCUGUCCUUAUUUCGCUGUCAGAAGGAUGCUAGCCUACGCAGAUGUCGUGAUCUAUUCAUUCCACUACCUACUGGAUCCAAAAGUGGCAACUCAAGUCUCGAAAGAGAUAUCUCCCAACUCUAUCGUCGUGUUCGAUGAAGCUCACAACAUCGACAAUGUUUGCAUCGAAUCUCUAUCCAUCGAUCUCAACAAAUCAAUCCUUGAUAACGCUGGCCGUGCUAUCGAAAACUUGGAGGUCAAGAUUCAAGAGAUCAAACGUACUGACGCCUCCAAGCUGCAAAAUGAAUACCAAAGGCUGGUACGAGGACUACAGGGCUCGGAACUCGAACAAGCUGAGGAUGAGGCUGGUGUGAUCGCAACCCCAGUCUUACCCGAUGAUCUACUGCAAGAAGCAAUUCCCGGAAACAUCAGGCGAGCCGAACAUUUCACGGCCUUCUUGACGCGUUUUGUGGAAUACCUGAAGACUCGAAUGAGAGUCUUACAUGUCGUAGCAGAAACCCCGCUUUCGUUCUUACAGCAUCUCAAAGAUCUUACGUUCAUUGAUCGCAAGCCCCUUCGAUUUUGUUCCGAGAGACUCACAAGUCUGAUCCGCACAUUGGAGUUAACGCAGCUAGAUCAAUACAAUGGUCUGCAGCAAGUCGCAAGCUUUGCAACUUUGGUCGCGACUUAUGAGAAAGGCUUUCUUCUAAUUUUGGAGCCAUUCGAGACUGAGAAUGCUACAGUACCGAAUCCGGUUUUCCAUCUUACUUGCCUAGACGCCUCACUAGCGAUCAAACCCGUCUUCGAUCGUUUCAGUAGUGUGGUGAUCACCUCCGGUACAAUUAGUCCACUCGAUAUGUACCCCAAGAUGCUCGGAUUCGAAUCGGCCGUCCAAGAAUCAUACUCCAUGACCUUGACUCGCAACUGUUUCCUGCCAUUGGUCAUCACUCGAGGUGCUGAUCAAGUCGCAAUCUCAUCUAGAUUUGAGGUCAGGAAUGAUCCUUCGGUGGUGAGAAAUUUUGGAACAGUCCUGAUUGACUAUUGUAAGAUCGUCCCAGAUGGAAUCGUAGCGUUCUUUCCUUCGUAUCUCUACAUGGAAUCUAUCGUGGCAGCAUGGCAUGAUAUGGGUAUCCUGAAAGAAGUGUGGAAAUACAAAUUGAUUUUUGUGGAGACACCUGAUGCAGUAGAGACAAGCAUCGCGUUGGAGAAUUAUCGAAGAGCUUGCGAUAAUGGAAAAGGUGCUGUCUUGUUAUCGGUUGCCAGAGGAAAAGUCUCGGAAGGAAUCGAUUUCGAUCAUAACUAUGGACGAGCAGUCAUCAUGUUUGGGAUUCCAUAUCAAUAUACUGAGAGUAGAAUACUGAAAGCUCGGCUCGAAUUCCUGAGAGACAAUUAUCGAAUCCGAGAGAAUGAUUAUCUGACAUUUGAUGCAAUGAGACAUGCAGCUCAAUGUGUGGGACGAGUAUUGAGAGGGAAGACGGAUUAUGGGCUGAUGAUCUUUGCUGAUAAGCGUUUCGCAAAAGCUGACAAACGAGCCAAGUUACCGAAAUGGAUCAAUGCGUACAUCACUGACACCGCUACCAAUUUGUCUACCGAUAUGGCAAUGGUCAUCUCGAAGCGUUUCCUGAGAUCAAUGGCCCAACCAUUUGAGAUUGGACAAGAUGGGAUCUCACUCUGGGGUGUCGAGGAGAUCAAAGCCCAGGAAGAGAAACGUAGAUUGCCUGGCCCAUCCGCAACAGCUGAAGAAGAAGAAGGAGACAAUUAUUUUGAUGGACUGGAAGAUCAAGCGCUGUUGGAUAUGAGACUUGGACCGGCCGAAUGA